UUGUUAUUUUGAGGCACAGACGUAAAACAAUUUUUGACGAAGGAAAUACUCGACCAAGAUGUCAUCACCAAGUCCAGGAAAACGAAGAAUGGACACAGAUGUUGUUAAACUGAUUGAAAGUAAACAUGAAGUCACUAUUCUUGGAGGACUGAAUGAAUUCAUCGUGAAAUUCUAUGGACCCCAGAGCACUCCGUAUGAAGGAGGGGUUUGGAAAGUACGAGUGGACUUGCCAGAGAAAUACCCUUUCAAGUCACCUUCCAUAGGUUUCAUGAAUAGGAUCUUCCACCCCAACAUUGAUGAAGUUUCAGGCACAGUGUGUUUAGAUGUCAUUAACCAAGCUUGGACAGCUCUAUAUGAUCUGUCAAACAUCUUUGAGUCUUUCUUGCCCCAGCUUCUUACCUAUCCCAACCCCAUAGAUCCACUGAAUGGUGAUGCUGCUGGCAUGUACCUACACAAACCAGAUGACUACAAAAAGAAAGUACAAGGUAAUGUAUUCAUACUGUAUUGA